AUGCAGGUCAACGCCAGUACCUACGGUCCUUCGACCGACAAGUCGGACUCUGUGCUCGCGCAGGCCAAGUGGCUGCCUGAUGCGGCGUACGACGCGGCGCUGAGGGAGAAGCUCGCGCAGUUUCAAGCGCCAGUCAAGGUCGGCGGGAGAUCGACGCUCAUGCAGGGGUUUGCGCAAGGGCGGGUCAUGUCAGAUGUCCCGCUCGAGCGGGUUCCGGAUGCGAUACGGGCGAUAGCCGAGGAGGCGGAUAGAGAGUCGAUGGCGCAAAAGAAGAAGGAGGUCGAUCCGGCUUUGUCGAGUAGCAAGAAGAGGAAGAUACAGGAUGUGGCGGAUAAUGUGGAUAAGGGGUUGAAGAUUGAUGGGGAGGUUGAGCAUGUUCUGCUUCAGAUUGGCGAUGAGCAUAUGGAUAUCAUCUCGCAGGUGUCGUGCAACCUCGCCAAGCAUCGAAAGAGCGAGACCGUCGAGCGGAAGGAUGUCCAGCUUGCAUACGGUAUGUCAUUUUGA